AUGGAUCAUCGUUCUAUUCCAGGAACAUCGCCUGUCCCUUACCCUCUGGCACCAAUACCUGUCCAGGACGAGCCGCUGCCUGCGUCAUUGACGUCUCCAACUCCGCCGAGCCCAAACUCAAAAUCAAUCUUUGCAUUCUGGCACUCUGGAAUUUCUAAGCUUCCACCGUACCUCCAGUGGAACGUUCUUGCUUGGUACCGCCGCUACGCACCCCUUGGUUGGACGAUCUACGUCCUCGACACGAUACCCGAAUCCCCGCUUAAUGUGUCUCGUUUCAUCGACAUAGACUCACCAGCCGUCGUGCCUACUGCUGUGACCAAUGGCUCUCUCGAUGGCGCGUAUGCCGCACAGCAUACUUCAGACUUGGUACGAUACCCCCUGCUGCUCAGGUAUGGUGGUAUCUAUCUCGAUGUUGGCAUUUUGCAAUUUGGCGAUCUAGACCGCCUGUGGGACGAAGUUAUUGCAAAUCCCUCAUCGCCGCACGAUUUUGCCGGAUUUACUAUGGGCGACCCGCCCGACAUUUCUAUUGUAAAUUUUGCGCUCAUGGCUCGUCCAAAUAACCCACUGGUACUGCGUGCGCAUAAGAUCUUGCUCAAGCUAUGGCAGGACAAGACGAACACAACCGGAAUGCAUGCGCAUCCGCUCGUGCACCAUGUCCCGCUGCUCAGAGUUCCACGUGAGGUCAUGGUACAAGACGAAGGCAAAGGGAAGAUGGUGAUUGACGACGCGGCGAUGACCGACUACGCCAUUCAGAUCCAAGCGAUGGGCGCGGCGCAGCGAUGGCUGGAUAUCGAGGACGGUUGGGACGGACGCAGGUACGUGCGCGAAAAGUGCUGGCUGCUGAGCAUGAUUGACAUGGCAUAUGUCGCUGAGCAGAGGACGGGGUGGGACGGGCAGCGCCUGUUUCGGCUAAUGUCGCUGGACAUGCCCCCUUUAGGUGCGGAGGAGGAUAAGGACCAGAGACUUGCGAGAGAAAUAGUAGAGGAGAGCGUGGCUAGAAGUUGGUGCUUGAAACUUGGGCAUGGAUUCUCAGCGAAGCUCUUUGGUGGAGAUACUCUAGGGAUGCUGUGGAGGAAGCAUGAGGGAAGUGACUGUAGAAUUGGAACGUAUGCAAGCUGGAUGCGGUGGGCUGGAGUGAAUUGCAGGCAAGACCAACUUCCAAAACCGAUGGAGAUUCCGGCUUAUGAGCCUACCGCGGUUGGAAGACUUUCAGACCAAGUGUAA